CAGGCCAAAGAGACUGCUGGUUCUUCUACUGAUCAUUUUGAAAACUGGACCAACCACAGCCUGCAGCAGCAGUUGUUCAUCAGUCUGUAACUGCAGAGACAGAGGCCUCAGCACGGUGCCUCAAGAUCUACCUAGUACUAUCACUAGCCUUAAUUUAGGGCGCAAUGCCAUCACAAGCCUAUCUUCGUCUGACCUCUCAAGGUACAGCAGUUUGACAAAACUGAUUAUGUUCGGUAACCCAAUAACUAUUGUACAUCCUGGGGCAUUUUCAAAUCUUAUUCACCUUGAACGUUUGAGUGUGACUUCCACCCAACUAACAAACAUCCAGUCAUAUGGUACAUACGGUACAUUCUCAAAUUUACCUAAGCUGAAAGAUUUGUUCCUGGACAAAAACAAUCUAUCUAUCAUUCGACCUGGCACAUUUUCAAAUCUUCCCAGUCUUGAGCUUUUGUACCUGACAGGUAACAAACUAACCGACAUUGAGCCUGGCGCGUUCACAAAAGUACCCAAGCUUGAAACAUUGUACUUGAAGAACAACCAUCUAAGUCAAUUCCAUCCCGAGUCAUUCUCAAAUCUACCAAAGCUUCGAAUAUUGGACCUAUCCUCAAAUAUGAUUUCUAAAGUCGACUCUGAUGCAUUCUCUAAGAUACCCACACUGAGAGAGCUGGGCCUCGAGUCCAACCAAAUAACCUACAUUCAACCUGAUACAUUCAAAUUUCUACCGCAGCUCGAGCGGUUGGAGAUGGCCUCAAACCAGAUAACUAACAUUGUGCCUAAUUCAUUCUUAAACCUCCCUCAACUCCAAAGGUUAGAGCUUGACUCCAACCUUAUAACCAAGAUUCAACCUGCUGUAUUCUCAAAUCUCCCAAACUUACAAGCAUUGCAUCUACAAUCUAACCAAAUGACUAGCAUUCAGCCUGACACAUUCUCAAACUUACCAAAGCUUACUAGAUAUGGAUUAAAACUGCAUAACAACCCCUGGCAGUGUGACUGCAGGAUGGUUGCAUUCAGGUUAAGGUUGGCCAUGUCCCAAUUGUUUGAAGACAAAAUCAUCUGUGAGGAACCUGUUCGCUUCGCCUGCGUCCUUUCCGCCUGA